AUGGAUACAAUAAAACAAUCAUUGAAGGAUGUCCUCCGUCAUAUCAAUACCGGAAACGUAGUGAGGGAUGGUGGUGACGGCGACACCUUCCAACCCGCGCCGUCAGAGAGCGCGGCAGGUCUGCCUGGCAAUGACGUUCAGAUAUGGGAGCCAGCACAGCAGAUACCCGCCAUGGACUCAUUCGAGACAUGCCCACCGCUGAUGCCUCUAGAUCAGUUUCAGGCCUCCGCCACUGUCUCGUCCCAUCCCUCAUCUUCCCUCGGCGCCACGAUGCAGAGUCACGGGAGUAGAAGCCUGCCUCCCGACGGCAUACUGACCGAGCUCUCUGAACUGUUCUUCGAGUUCAUAUAUCCCUGGGCCCCGAUAUUCUUCAGGCCGACCUUCAGUGCCAAUCUGUUUGCGCCCGGACGCCGGCUUCUUCUGCACGGGUUAGUAGUGGCCUGCUUUCGCUUUUGGAAGAAGUCGGAGCCCUCGACAAAGGUUCGAGAGGCUUAUGUAUCCAACUCACGAGAGCAGAUCCUGCUGAAGGCAAUAAACGCCCACUCCCUAGUAUCUGCCCAGGCCUUGACGCUCUUAGCGAUAGAUGCCGUCGGGCAAGGACCCUGCCCCCGAACCUGCAACAUCAUGGCCAUGCUCCUGAGCACGACACAGCAGCUGAGGCUCGCCAAGAGGUCGCUGCCCGCAAGCGGCGGGUCGAACACCGCCCUGGUAAGGAAUGAGGAUUCGGACGACGAUCUGUGCUCCUCAAGCAUUGAGGAGGAGGAAAAGUGUCGCCUCUUCUGGACAAUAUACAGCCUCGAUCGCUUUUCGAGCAUGCUCCACGGUCAGUCCGGAGGCCUGGAUACCAAGAGCAUUAGAUUGCCGUAUCCUGUGGGCGAUGAGGAAUGGGGUCAGGUAAUUGCUCCAGAGUGGUUUGUCACAGGCUCAAAACCUACACAUCGGGACUGCACUGCGAGACUGAGGCAUCACCAAAUCGACCUUCUGGCGCUGCUCGACCGGUCAAACCGGCUGUUGACCCACCCCGUCAACUUGGGACUCCCCGCGCCCUGCCAGGAGUGGCAGAGCAACUUCCGCUGCCUGGAUAUCACACUGUCUACAUGGUUCGAGAAGCUGCCGCAGAAUGUCAGGGAAUUGCCAGACAGAUUCGAUUGGUCUUGGAUCAUGCUCCAUGCCACCUUUCACCUGAUCAACAUCCGUAUGUAUACGGUAGCUGCAUUCCCUUCCACGACAUCACCUUAUCUGAGGCCCUCUUCAGUGGCACGGAGUCGCUGUCGUCAGGCCAUCCGAAGUGUGACUUGUCUGACAUCGUCGCUGCAGCCUCAUGAGCUGGAGAAGCUUGGCCCGGUGUUUGCUUUUGUGGUAUGGGUUGCCGCCAGAACCCUGGUUAUACUCUGGACUACAGGCUAUGAGAACGCAAACGGAACAACGCCUGACGAUCUCGAGCCUCUGCUCGGCAUCCUGCGCCAUCAAGCCCUUAUAUGGCCGUGCGCUCAACGCCACGCCGAGAUAAUCCAGCUGAUCGUCGACACGAGAGAUAACCCCGGUGGCCCCACUGGAAUCGACAUCUUUAACGACACGAGGCGUACGUCCUACGGCCUCCAGAAGCAUCUCGGAACCCUGGCUGGGCAUCCAAUCGCUGUUGAGGCUUUCUCGAAUUCAUUUGACUUCCUCGAUAUACCGAUGCUGGACGAGGGCGAGUUGGCUUUUAACCGGAUUGAAACAUUUGGAUCUGAGACGGACGGUGAGUGGCUGUACUGA